CGACAAAGCCAAAGACUUUUAUGAACAAGCUUUAAAAAUUGAAACUAAAGUAUUUGGUCCCGACCAUAUUAAUGUUGCAACAACGUACAACAAUUUGGGUUUGGUCUUUUAUGACACGGCAGAAUACGACAAAGCCAAAGACUUUUAUGAACAAGCCUUAGAAAUUGAAACUAAAGCCUUUGGUCCUGAACAUAUUAAUGUUGCAACAACGUACAACAAUUUGGGUUUGGUUUAUUAUGACACGGCAGAAUACGACAAAGCCAAAGAUUUUUAUGAACAAGCUUUAGAAAUUGAAACUAAAGUAUUUGGUCCUGACCAUAUUAAUGUUGCAACAACGUACAACAAUUUGGGUUUGGUUUAUUAUGACACAGCAGAAUACUACAAAGCCAAAGAUUUUUGUGAACAAGCUUUAGAAAUUGAAACAAAAGCAUUGGGACCUGACCAUAUUAAUGUUGCAACAACGUACAACAAUCUGGGCUUGGUUUACAAAGAUAUGAGAGAGUACGAAAAAGCAAAAGAUUUUUACGAACAAGCCAUAGAAAUUGAAACAAAAGCAUUUGGACCUGACCAUGUUAAUAUUGCAACAACGUACAACAAUCUGGGUUUGGUUUACAAAGAUAUGGGAGAGAACAAAAAAGCAAAAGAUUUUUAUGAACGAGCCAUGGAAAUUCAAACAAAAGCAUUUGGUCCUGACCAUGUUAAUAUUGCAACAACGUACAACAAUCUGGGCUUAGUUUAUCAUGACAUGAAACAGUACGAAAUAGCAAAAGAUUUUUACGAACAAGCCAUAGAAAUUCAAACAAAAGCAUUUGGUCCUGACAAUGUUAAUAUUGCUACAACGUACAGCAAUCUGGGCUCGAUUUACACAGAAAUUGGAGAUUACGAAAAAGCAAAAGAUUUUUAUGAACGAGCGAUGAAAGUUCAAGCAACCGUGUUUGGACCUGACCAUGUUAAACUUGCGGCAACGUACAACAAUCUAGGUUCGGUUUACAGUAAAAUAGAAGAGUACGAAAAAGCAGAAGAAAUUUACCAACAAGCUUUACAAAUCAAAACAAAAAUUUUUGGUUAUAACCAUGGUAACACAGUUACAACAUACAACAAUUUGGGUUCAGUUUAUCUCAGCAAUGGGGAAUACGUCAAAGCAAGAGAUCUUUACGAACAGGCUAUAGACAUUCAAGCCAAAGUAUCUGGUCCCGAUCAUGUAUUUUAUGCUGCAAUGUGCAACAACUUGGGUUUUGUUUACAUGAGAUUGGAAGAGUACGACAAAGCAAAAGAUUUGUAUGAACGAGCCUUAGAUAUCGAUUCUAUAGCUGAAUUUCUCAAUAUGGCUGCAACGUUCAACAAUUUGGGCUGUGCUUAUAGUCAUUUGAAAGAAUAUGAGAUGGCAAAACAUUAUUUUGAACGAGCUUUAUUACUCAAAACGAAAAUAUCUGUUCCCAACCAGCCGUUUAACAAAGGCACAAUUUUGGGCAAUCUGAUAUCCGUUUGCUCUUUGCUUGGAGAAAACGACAAAACAAAAUAUUUGUCCGAACAAGCUUUAGAAUUUGAAAUUGACCAAAUUUAUUCGUCAUGUAACGAAAUUAACGAGAUUGAUUCGUGUCAGUUAAUCGACAAUAUCAAAUUGUUGCCAGAUUCAACUUUAUACGGCCUAGAAUACAGAAAACAAGGCAUCGACUGUACAGUAAAAGAAAUGAAAGAUUCAGAUCUUACCGGGGAUACAACUACCAAAAUGAAGAAAUCUUAUACAAUUCCAGAUGAUGAUAUAGAGAAUGACGACGAUUUCUUUAUCGAAAAUUUUCUUGACGAAUACUACGGCAUUCGUGACGAAAUUCAUGAUAUAUUAAGGAGUUUUUCUUGGAUUCGUGGUGGAUAUGGUGUACGAUGGAAACCUCGUCUUGCUUUGUAUGUGACAGUGGCAGCUGAAAGACAAAAUGAUGAAGAUGCAUUAAGAAAAGAAAUUGAUGAAACUUUUAGAUGGAAAGCUUCUCCUUACUUUGAAUUUGAACCAGAACCAAAGAAAUCGCGAUUUCGAUGGUUAUCAGACCUAGAAGUAGUAAAAAAAGAGAACAGUUUUAAUCCUUUGACAGGAAAAAUUGACGAUGAAUGUGAAACAAGAGCAAAAGGUACAGUCACAAUGUUUUGUAGAAAAGAAAGCACACAUUACGCCUUGACUUGCUUCCACACUAGCUGUAUCACUGACCGACGAGUAGCUGGUUACGAAUUUAAUUUUUCCGAGGACUGGAAAGAAAUAAAGCAAAUAUACGAGACAAUUUCUACAGGAGAAAUAACAGACGAGAACGAAUAUUAUUAUCUUCCUUUAAUGGAUGAAGAAAUAAAACUUGGAUCUCCGUGUCGUCAAUCAUUUAACGAAAACACUGACAUUAUGGCCAUUGAAGUUAUUGACGAAGAAAUGAUUUCUUGCGACCAUUUUACCAUCGAAGAGCCUGAUUGGAAAGAAUUAUGGGAAAGAGUUGCAGAUCAACUGAGGAAAGGAGGAGCCAGUGUUACAAAAUAUGAUGGUGGCGCAACAGGAGAGAUUUUGGAUAUCACCUUUACGCUUACAUGCCCAGAAACUGAUCGCUUUAUAUUUAAGAACGUUAUCGCCAUUAAAUGCGUACGUCCUUUUCUGAAAGAGGGAGAUUCCGGAGUGUUAAUAUAUUUCUACGAUAAGGUCACGGAAAGUCAAAUAGCUUUUGGGUACGGAGUUUGUGCGCAUGAACGAGAUGAUGAAACAAUUUAUUUAGUCUUUGGACUAAACGAUGCAUUAAAGCAUCUAAAUUUAGAAAAAUGCUAUUGCUACAUGUAGGUAUGAAGGAACUAUCUCAAUUUAGCUAUAGUUUGAACUGCUUGAUAAUUUGUUUUAAUUUUGACUUAACAUAUAAUUGUUACGUGACUUGACAGUUUCAUAGGCUGAUAGGGCACGGCAGCAGAGACGAAAGCUGCCCUCCCUUUGAUUUUUUUAAAAAAUUGGAGAAAGUCGGAUACUUUUAGACAAAAGUGGCAGAGACUCUUCGCAAAUUUUUUUGCCAAGAUAGAAAGAAUGAAAUUUGCCAACUUUGCAAAGAUAGAAAGAAUGAAAUUUGAAAUUUUAGUUGGAAAAUUUUUAUGUCUGUCUCCUUUAGGUUUUUUGUCAAACCUAUUUUAGUUAGUUUAAGCGCAUACAAUCUAUGAACAUUCUCUUGUAAAUAAUUAACUUGGUCAAGAGGAUAGAUAGCUUAAAUUUGAUGAAACAUGGCUACAAUUGAAAAUAUUGUUACUUAUCAGAAA